AUGCGUUUCUCUACAGCUGCCCUCGGUGCUAUGACCGUCCUUAGCGGACUGGCUGCUGCUAUCGAUGUCAUUGAGAUCCAGGAUAGACACUUUGUUAACUCCAAGACUGGAAAGCCUUUCUUUCUUAAGGGAGUAGAUUACCAGCCUGGUGGUUCCGCUGCUGUUGAGAAGGGGGGAGACCCUCUCUCUGACGUCGAGACCUGUACUCGUGACAUCUUCCUUUUCCAGAAGCUCGGAAUCAACACAAUCCGUGUUUACUCGGUCGACCCCACCGCCGACCACGAUGCAUGUAUGACCCUCUUGGCCGCGGCCGGAAUCUACUUGGUGCUCGAUGUCAACUCCCCCUUGGAGCACCAGCACUUGAACAACCAGGAGCCAUGGACCACCUACACCCCCAUGUACCUUGAGCACAUUUUCGGUGUCAUUGAGGUCUUCUCUGGAUACGACAACAUGCUCGCCUUCUUGGCCGGUAACGAGGUCAUCUUCGACUCCGGCUCUGCUGAGGCCUCACCAAACUAUGUCAAGGCCGUCGUCCGUGACAUGAAGGCGUACAUCACCAACCACGUCCACCGUAUCAUCCCCGUUGGAUACUCCAACGCUGAUGACUUGAAGUUCCGUACCUCGCUCGCCCACUACCUUGAGUGCGGUGACACUGGUUACAUUGAUUUCUUCGGUGUCAACUCUUACCAGUGGUGCGGUGACAACACCUUUGAGGGCUCCGGAUACGACAAGCUCGUCGAGGACUACGCCGACUACUCUCUUCCCGUGUUCUUCACCGAGUAUGGUUGCAACGAGGUCCGUCCCCGUGUCUGGCAGGAAGUUGGCUCCCUCUACUCCGAGGACAUGACUGGUGUCUUCUCUGGUGGUCUCGUUUACGAGUUCUCUGAGGAGCCCAAUAAGUAUGGUAUCGUUGAGAUUGACGGUGAUACUGCCAACAUCAUGGGUGAAUACGACACUCUUGUCACAGCCUUCGACAAGGUCCCCAAGGACGUCUCCGUCCCCAGCAACGUGAACAUUGUUGACCGCCCCGUUGACUGCGCGGCCGAGUCCUCGUUCAAGAACAUCAACGGAAACCUUACCCUUCCUUUCACCCUUGGCCAGGAGUACAUUGAUGAUGGUGUCGACAAGAAGACCUUCGUCAAGGGCAAGUUCCUCUCUCUCGACGAUCUGACCCUCGAAGUCAAGCUCGACAUCAACGACUCUGACGGCAAGGCCAUCACCGAUAAGACCAUUGAGGCCACCAGCUCCGUCACCCAGUCUGAGAUUCCUGAGGGCGGCCACGGAACCAACACUGGUGGUGGUGUCGGAACCGGUGGUGUCACCUCUACCUCCUCCGGCUCUAGCUCUUCUGAGACCGGCCUUUCCAACAGCGCCUCAUCUGUCAGCCGCGGUGUCGUUGGCUGGUCAGUGGCUGCUGUCAUGGUUGGGUUCGCUGCGUUCUUGUAA